CAAGGCCAAACAGUGCUCGGCGAGGCAAGCGACACCCAACUGAAACUACGCUUGAACACUUGUCAGGUACAAAGGCGCGCAUUCGCCAGGGCGCAUCUGUGGUCUAAUUCGUCCUGUCCUGCCAAGGCCUUCAAUUAAUUAAUAAUAGCGUCGUUUUCUGCGCUUUAACAUCGUUGACUAGUCGCAAUUUUUUUUUAAGAAGUAGAAGAAGAAUGAUGAUGGUGAUGUACGGGUGAAUGAGCGGUUCCUGCUUGUCGAAGACGGGAUAAUUCAGCGUCGUCGUCGAAAUGUGUGGCCGGCUUUCGUGACGGCCACAAACUAAAAAGUAAAGUGGCUCAUGGGGCCCACGCAGUUAAAAUAGACGGACAAAAGUCAACAGGCAAGAGCUAAUCUCGCCGUCUUUAUACAACAGCAACAAAUAUCGAAAAAAGUGCCACCGUUUAAAAGGCCCUAACUGCAUCAGCUGCUUCUUAAUUAAACUCACUUGAAAUGUGGAGACAACGCGAUCUGCAGAUGCUACUGGUCAUCAUCAUCACUCCGUGAUGUGAGUUAAAACCUUCCUGGUGGUGGCAACCUCCUCCCACCCCACAAGAAGAUGAUUGUGGAAGCCAAGUAAAUGAUUUACGACUACUCCUGUUGUAGCGGUAGCGGAGACACACACACACGUGGAUACACACACACACGACUAACACACAUAUCGGCGCCGACAAACACACACACACGAAGACAAAACAAAACAGAGACGCACAUACACAGACACACACACGCACAGGCACACAGAGACACACACAGAGACACUCAAACGUACAACCACCGUUCGCCGCCAAGUUGCGGCGACGUCAUCACGGCGCUUGUGCCAGGCUAGGUGCACAUACAUACACACACUGCCACAGACACGGACACACACGUACGUACAUACAAAGAUACAGACACGCACACAUACAAUCGCACAAAGACGUGCACACAGACACAUAAAGACACACAUACAGACACAGAGACAUACAAACACACGUCCACGCAAGGCUAAGGACACGUACAAUCGAGGCGCACGCGGACACUCACAGUUCCACCGUCGCCUCGCCGUUCACCGGCGAGACCAGAGACAGCGCCUCUGGUCGAAAUGUCAAGGCAGACAAACAGAGAUCUUCUCAGCAAUGGGCCCGCGAGCAGUGUGACUCCGAAGCAGCAGCCCAAUGGACCCACCUCUCCUCGCCACGGCAUCCUCAAGACCAAGCCCCGCAGAGACCAUGGCCAGGGUGUGGACGGGAGGCCGCUCGAGACGACGGCCGAUUACAAGGGCAAGGGGAUUGAGCGACAAGGAGACUUGCAUCCGUCCGACCGCUCCUCGGAACAAGUGAGCGGUUCGAACCGCUUCUCUCAAGAGCCAGACACCUCCAAACACUCCCUGGAACGCAGAGGCACCUACAACGUCUCCUCGGAAGAUGCGGCUCACGCGAACCGCUCCUCGGGAAGGAAGGAUCGCUCCCAAGGUUCCUCGGAAGACCUGGGAACGUCCGACCACUCCACUGGUGCCCGGACCUCUCGCCGCGCCUCGGGAAAUCUAACAACGUCCGCGCGCUCCUCAGGACGCACGCAUCCCUCCCAACACUCCACGGAAGAACAUCGGAGAUCCUCCACCAUCUCCUCGGGGGGUCUCGGCCCCUCCGCCGACGACCCCGCGGGGCAUGGCCACCAGCCGGCGGAACGCCUCGAGGGGGCCCGGCCUCAAGGCGGCACCGUCCCGAGACGAGGCUCAGCGGACGGGCCGCCGUCGACGGCGCAAGACUCCUCCAUCCUGAUACCCUACGUGAACGUGCCCUACAACACGAGGCUGCAGCAGGCGCUGGCCAGGGCCGCCCCGUCGCGCCUCAGGUCCAUGCGCGGCUCCCGGUCCCUCGAUCUCCUCGAAGGCCCCUCCGGCACCGGCGCCGCCGCCGCCGCUCCCGCCGAGGGCGACGGGGACCGAGCGCCGAAGAGGCCCGAGUUCGACCCCGGAGCCGGGUCGUCGGUGAGGCUGCGCAAGUGGGCCAAUCCUGGCCGCGAGAGGCCCACGUCGGAGAUUCUCCUCCCGUCGAAGAACAUCCGAUUCGAGAAGCCGGACGGCGUGACGAGACCCAAGAAGUACAACACCAGCACGGGGGAUUUCACGAAGCCGAACGUCACGACUCUACCCAGGAUGAAUCUGCCCGGUGUGCCCAACUUCACCACCGUCAGCCGGAGGCACACGGGAGACAGCCCCAUUGCCGAUCGGGGAUCGCAGUUGGCGGAGCGGGUGCGGCGCGGGGAUGCGGCGCAGGAAUUUGGGCAUAUCCCGUGGGGACCCGGGGAGCGAGGGUCGAUGGUGGACUCGGAGAGGAUCCGGCAGCCAGCGUCCUCCGUGCCAGCGUCUGCGCCGCGGUCUCCCCGGGGAAACGUCACGCGGCGCGCCACCUCCUCUCACGUCCGGGUGCGAGUGAACGGAGAGAUGUGGCACUACAUCGCCACCCAGUGGCCUCAGCCGCACACGGAGAGCGACUUCUGGCACAUGGUGUGGGAACACGGAGUGAACGUCAUCGCGGCUCUCACGCCGGCUCAGGUCGCCGGGGAGACGAAGCCGCAUCGCUACUGGCCGCGACUGGGCUCGCGACAGCGCCCGUCCGUGUACGGGGACCUGGCGGUCCACGCCACCUUCCGCGGCACCACGUCGGCGGGCGGCUGCGCCACCACGGGGCUGCGCGUGGCGCACGCGCCCUCGGGGAAAGAGCGCAACCUGUGGCACCUCCACCACCCCGAGUGGAGCCGCGGCAACGAUGACGACGAUGACGACGGCGGCGGCGACGACGACGACAAUGGAGUGGAGAGGUUUCUGGAGUUCCUGCAGGAGCUACAGUCGGUGCGCAGGCUGACGGGCAGCAUGCUGCCUCCGAGGACGCCCCUUCCGCCCACGCUGGUGCACUGCGCCGGCAGCGACGACGGUCCUACAGGGGUCCUCAUCCUCUCGGAGCUCAUGGUCGCCUGCCUGGAGCAGAACGUGAACGCCGACGUCCCGCAGGUGCUCGGCGCCCUGAGGCAGCAGCGGCCUCACCUGGUGCCCACGCUCGAGCACUACAAGUUCGUGUACCGCGUUCUCGCGCGCUACCUCGGCAGGUCGCGGCUCAUCUGACUCGCGUAGACUCGGGGUGAAGACUCACGCAGAGACUCCGGUAGACUCAAGGAGACACGGGGAAGGACUCGCGGAGACUCGGGGGAAGACUCACGGAGACUCGGGAAAGACUCGCGCAGAGACUCCGGUAGACUCAAGGAGACCCGCGGGGAAGACUCGAGCAGAGACUCCGGUAGACUCAAGGAGACACGAGGAAGACUCGAACAGACUCGCGGAGACUCGCGGAGACUCGCAGAGACCCGCAGGGAAGACUCGCAGACACUCGGGAAGACUCACGGAGGCUUGCGCCGACAGUCGUUUAGAUGACUUUGGCACCAUCAGCGUCGACGGGCGACAUCCUCUUUUUGCCCGCCGAGGCCGAUCUGUGGGAGAUAAUUAGACGUUACAUCCUGUGUGGGCAUGGUGGCACGGGUGGCUGUGUCAGAACACUGAGCUGGUACUGCUCUGAGAUGUUGGAUUCAUGCCGAGGUGUGUAUGAGUCUCUCUCUCUUGGGUGAUUCAUAGUGGCCAUGUUCCAAGAGCUAAGCCAGUAUUGGUGAGAUUGCGGGUUUAAGUCUGAGGUUUGGUGUCAUUUUCUCUUGGGUGGUUCAUAAUGCUCUUUGGUUCUCUCGGUAAAGUCACGUAGGUAUAAAAUUAAAUUAAAUCACGACGUUUCGGGCACAACCCAAGCGUCCGUCAUCAGGUGGGACAACCACAGCUUGUGUUGCUCCCGAAACGUCGUGAUUUAAUUUUAUUUUCUACCCAUGUGACUUUACCGAAAGAACCAAAGAGUAUGGAUCCCUGCAGUCACGAAAACUUUAAAUCUAGAUUGGUUCGUAAUGGUCAUGUCAGAGCACUCCGCCCGUACUGUUGGAAUCCUGGCUUCAAAUCCAGGCAGCAAUACUAGAAACAGUUUAAACGUUUAACAGGUUGACUGCGAAACACGAAA